AUGGAAGAGCAGAGGAGGAUAGAUGAGCAAGCAGUGGAACAAGCAAAGGAAACGGUGAGAAGGGUAGUUGAGAAGUUUGACGGAAAAUUGGCAGAGAUGGAAAAACGAAUGGAAGAAAGGAUGAGAGAGCAAGAAGAGAGGUUAGAGGCGAAAAUGAACAAACCGAAGAGAAACGGUAGAUGUAGGAGGGAGGAAGAAGAAAAGGAGAACGAGAGCGCAGAACACGAGAGCAACGUGGAACAAGAAAGGGAAGAGACACAGCGACCAGACGACGAUCAGCAAGGAACUAGGGAUAGGAGCAACGCGGAAGGAGGAGAAGAGCCAAAAGUAAACAAACCGGACGCAAUGAAAUUAGGAGAGUACGAAUGUGAAAUGAAGGAGAGAAGGAGCAGAAAAAACAAUGUAUUUAUUAGAGGAGUAAGGACUUCGGGAAAAAGAUUAAAAGAAGAAAUAGAAGGAAUAAUAUUAGGAACUACAAGGAAACAGUACAAUAUAGAAAAGAUGAAACUCUUAAGGGGAGGAUUACUACUGACCUUCGAACACUUUAGAGAUAAAAUUGAAUUUAUGGAGCAAGCGGAAGACUUUGAAAAAAUAGGAAUAAGAGUAGAAGAAGAGAGAACACCUAUAGAAAUAGAAGUACAGGAAUGGAUUGAAACGAUAGCAGAGCAGAAAAGGAAGAAACAUAACCAAGUGCAAGUGGGUUACUUAAAAAUAAUAAUAAACGGGAGGAUGAGCAUAUGGGACGAAAGAAGAGGAAAUAUAGUGGAGACAACAGAAAGGAUGUUUUUUCCGAUCAGGAGAGAGGGAGAGGAGCAACUGGAGAGGAGAGGGAGGCCACAGCAGGGAAACAGGGAGCAGUACCACGGCAGAGAACAGAACGAGUAUAGAAACAACAAUUCCAGAAGAUGA